AUGGAUAACACAUGGUCGGUCAGAAGACUGCGCCCGCGCGGUCCGGCCGCAGCCGCAGGUCCGGCCGCACCGGUUGAGCCAACGCCCAGUAAGCCUAGGAAAACACAACCGAAGAAGAAGAAGACUGCGACCAAGAAGCCCCCAGUACCAAAGUUCGAGUCUACUGAUACUCAAACGAAGAAAGGAGACAUCGAACCGCAACAGGAAGAGCAGGCGCAAGCCCAGGAUGCGAUUCCAGCCAAGGAUAAGAGCCCACCGCAAUGGAGGCCAGCCCCCCCUCCUGUGCCUCGCUUAAGCCCUACUCGCCUGGAGCAAGCUCUUCGCAUAGAGCAGCCAGUUCGCCUAGAGCAACCUGUUCGCCUAGAGCAACCAGUUCGCCUAGAGCAACCAGUCCGUCUGGAACAACCAAUUCGCCUAGAACAACCUCUCCACCUAGAACAACCUCUCCAUCUAGAACAACCUCUCCGUCUAGUACAACCUCGCCGUCUAGAACAACCUCUCCGUCUAGAGCAACCUCCCCUCAUUAACCUGUCUACACGGCCCAACGCAUCCAGCCCCGCGGAGAAUGAUGAGUCUCACCAAAGGAAUCCAGAGGUUACACCUCCAUCACCUCCCCAGGGUGACUUAUCGCACCACGAGUCUAGCAGCACAACAAUGGCUGAUGACACGCCCACGCCAAGGCCAAGGCCAAAUAACAGAUUCGGCGUGCCUCUGACAGUAGACACACCCGACGAGUCUACCUUUGUGUGGGGAAGACCGGUGAAUGAACGUCCAAGACAGCAACAACGGGCAAGAGUCGUAAGACCCCUUGUUGAAGCGCCAGGACUCAGACGUCCAGAGCGACCAACCUUUCUAGAGUCCACACCCAAAGAAGCGAGGCAACAAGCCAGGGUCGAGCAGGAGGGCGAAUAUCUUUACGGAUUGCCCAUCCACCGCGCGCGAAGAGUGAAGCGUUGUCUAAGCUGCCUAGUCGGACUUGUGUUCAUGGCAGUACUUGGUCUUGGAAUUCUGCUCGUUGUCGAGGACGCGCACCGGUUUCGCAAUGUCGAGGACGGCGAGGUACUGUUACUGCCGGUACACCAGCCAGUCCUGGACCUCUCGAACGUCCUGAUGAGCUCUUCGGCGGCAGCCACAGACAAACUUCUGAGGCGCAGUAGCGAUUACGUUGACAACAUCUGCCAGGGUCCCAUCAAGUGGGAGGAACUGCGCACGUACAAGAAACCAAGUUCUGAAAACUGGGAGAUUACGGGCAAAACGAAAAGCAGGAGGGCCAACAUGACGAGCCUCUUCCUUUCGAGUGCAAAAGAUGAAAGGGGCAUGCGGGCAGUAGUGAGGCAGUGCCAGGUCGCCAAGCAACUCACACAAGCCUUGUCUCGGGUGGAACCGACCAUAGGAGCAGCACAGAAAAUGGCUCUGCAGGACACGGCCCGGGUGAUAGAAGAGAUGCAGGCACGACUCACCGCUCCGGCUCCUCAAGGCGACGGUUUCACGGAACUCAAAGGGAGUAUCCUCGGCUGGAUCCGGCCAGACAUUGUAUCAAACGAGACGACGCUGUGGGAGGAUCAACAACAGGUCAUGAACACAUACCUGCUGUCAUUAGACAAACUCGGAAAAGACGUCACAAAGGCGUUCGAGGAAGUUCCAGUCGAAGAGCCACUGCCAAGGACCGGAACCCCCCAAGAUGCGUACCUAAUAGAAGGAUCUGUAAGGAAGAAGAGCGUUCCAGUCUGGAAGAGAUGGCUACGGCACCCGCUGGGGUCAUCGCUCGAGUUGGCCCACCUGUUCAAGAACAAUGCUCUGGAUUUCUAUAAACUGUCUAGCAACAUUGCCGACAUUGAACUCCACAUGUCGGAAUCUUGCCAGAACGAAGACUCUAAGAAACGAGCAGGGUGCCCGCACACCUGGGGGCCUUCAAAAGGCGAUCGCCCGACGCUUGACAUCGAGUUUUACUCGUUGGAGUCCCGGGAAAAAGCUCGGAAGAUCGCCGGCGCCCUCGAGUGGAUUGAUCUGGAACGCCAAGUUCUUCGAGCCAUUCUAAAAACCGAGAGCUCCAAAGGACCCGGGCUACUGAAUGGAGAAUGCGAGGUUGUCCUGGAUAGCGCGAAAAAGGGGACUGGUGCCAUCAUCUCAACCAGAGGGUGGAUCCACCCGGACCCGAUGACGAGUAGGGGCCAGCACUACUCGCCCCUUCCGAUCUGUGCGCCCACGCGUGUGUUCAGACCUAGCACGGAGAGACUGGAUUGCAAGUUGCCCGGAAGUGAGGACUACUGGCAUGAUGUGUGGAAUAUGAUGGGUCAUACAUUCGGCCUGCCUUCUCGUUUCGAGCGCGAGGUAUCAUGGGUCCGUGAUACAAAUGAGGACAGCCACGCCGCUAGUAGUCAACAGGCACGAGACAUGUUAUGGAGACACGACCUCAAGAUAUCGCAAAAGGCUUCUGUGUGGACGAUCGUCAAGGAACAGGUGCCUCAUCCUAGAAUCAAAGGUUUGAGGGACUCUUUCUUUUGGGGCUCGUCUCCACUGCGUGGCAUUCGUCUACCGAGCAUAGAGGAACAGGAUAUUCGGCUGAGCAGAGGUGUCGCUCGCAUAAGAAUGUUCCUGUGGGAAUAUACUUGA